AUGAUGGCUAUUGCCCAACAGACAAGCCCCGGAGGCCCCGUGACCAGUCUGGUGUCCAGCGCAGCUUCUGCUAGCCCCGCUGCCGCUGCUGCUGCUGCUGCUGCUGCUAGUGUUGUUGCUAUGGCUGCUCGUGUUGUUACUAUGCCCACUAGAGAGGCUGGUGAACUCGUGUUUGGCUCCCAGUCGCUCACCGUUUCCCAGACCUCGGGGGCAGCCUGCCAUCAGGUCGUUCAUUUCAAUGGCAGACAGAGAGUUCAAGUCCCCUUCACAUCCGACGCCAGUCGAAGAUAUGAUACAGGCCUGAGCUCACCUGAUGUUGUGCCAGUCAGCCGAGCACGCAGCCUGCAAUUAUUCCACCGAACAUACGCCCUCCGAGUGGGACUUUGGAAGAGCGUCGAGUUGGCUUGCUCUGACCUCCUCCAACUUAAUCUCCCAAUACCCUCUUCUGUCAAUACUAUACGUCCCGGCAAUUACAUGUUUAUAACCAAACUUUGCUGUUCAUUCAUCUCCCGUCUACCAUUUGCCUUUUCUUGA